UGGGGGAGCCAUGGGUGACAGUUCCGCUCAGAGUUGGUGGAAAUUCACCUUCCUGCGCAAGAGAAAGAACAGCCCCAAAGUUUUGUAUGAGAUCCCGGUGGACCGGAGCAAUACUGACAGCAAGGAGUGCGGUGAGAGGGAGACCCAGUGCAGAUCCGACUCGGAGCUGGAAGCUCGGCUGGAGAAAAUCGUGGACAAAACCACCAAGGGCAGACACGUAAGAGUGUCCAACUCCGGGAGGUUCAAAGAGAAAAAGAAAGUGAGAUCGUGUCUGUCGGAAAACCCGGGCUUCUUUAACGAUUCGGGGAACGGCGGUGCACCGCAGCCCUGAGCGCCCGCACAUCCCUCCGUGAUAGAAGUUCGCCGUGACGAUUCUGAACGAGAGGAUUUCUUGGCCCGACAGCACAGAAUGAGCGGCGCCGACAACCAGCUUAAAGGGUUAACCGGCCAACCCGUUUACAGGAUCGACGUCUGCAACCUGCUCAUAAGGUUUAAAUCCCGCCCCAAUAUUCAAAGGUGAACCUCUGGAAUCCAUUUCAAUUCAGAAGAAGCAGAAUUUUUGUUAUGAUAUUUCAUUUUGAACAGUUUUUUAAAAAAAAAAACAGAGACCAGGUUGUCUGUUUUCAGUUGUUUAGAGUUUGGCUGUACACUUUAUUUGGGCUCCAAGCCCUGGAUUUCCGAAUGUGAUCAGCGUCUGAUUGCGAAAUGAAUGUUCCGCUGCUGUUUUCUGGACGGACUGAAAGUGAAGACUUGUAGGGAAACAAAAAGGAACAUAGGAUUUAGGAGUAGGCCAUUCGGCCCUUAGUAUGAGUAGGAGACGGGGUGGGGGGGGUGGGUGGUGGUUGUUGUUGGUGGAGAACGGUGUGAAGGAGCUCGAGUGAAAGGAAGAUAUUCCAUGCUGCACCCAUCAUGACUGAGUAUUUCAACCAAACAUUGUGUGGGAGAAAAUCCCACAGGUUGUGCAUGAAUAUAAAUCGCAAGGAUUGAUGCAAAAGGGUGUAACACCGUAAAAAGGAACCAGACGACAUGGUUUUACAUGUAAAAAGGAUAUUGAAUUGUGUUGAGUGCAUUAUGUUUAGUAAACAAUGAAUGUUAAGAGAAAAAUAUUGGGUCACAGGGCAUUGGAUUUUGCCCGUGCACCAGCCGAGUGUAUAGUGUAAUCAAGGGCUCUGAUUUUCAUGGGAACGUACGGAUUGGCAGAAUAUGAUUGGAAAAAGGUUCUGAAGAUCCCUUAAACUCUGAUUUGAAUUAAAUGAUCUUAAUUGA